AUCAACAUCACACCCUUCUCAUUUAUAGGUCGCGAAUUGAAAUGUCUCUUAAGGGAUCUGAUCAGAAGGAGCCUUUAAUAUUGAAGUAUACUUGCCCGAACUCCGCGCUUUAAUAUACAUCCAGCCUUCAGCGCUUAUUCAGGCACAUCCGUCGCCACGAUGGCCUCUGGCCAAACAUCCGAGCUCCAAAGUGUGAUUGCUUUGGUCAAGACCCUGACCAAUGCGCAACUGAAAGACAUUUUAAGGGAUGAAGGGCUGGCGGUGUCUGGGUUGAAAGCUGCACUCCAAGUGCGGAUCAUCAAUGCCCUCGAGGGACACUUCCAAGCUGGGCGCCUUGGGCGUUAUGACAGUCUCAGGAAAUUUAUUUAUGCCACUGCACAUCGGUCAAUGCCUCCGUCGCCCUCAAUACCGCCACCAGUGCCAGGCAACUAUUAUCAACAAAUUCCAACCACUCAUUCAGUACAAUCACACCACAGACAGUCACCCCUAGGAAUGCCCGUAGCCUCGCAUGGGUCCGUACCUGGGCCGCUCAUAUUCAAGGACAGUCCGUUUUAUAGGAUAAUACGUCAGCUCACACCUACUAUAGAAUGCAAAGCACGUGAACAUACUAGAGAUAGCGUAGAGCUGAAGAUUCACCUCGACGCGGAUGUGGCAUCCAGGCUACUUGCAGAACCAAAGCUACGCGUCAUGAUAUUCUGCGCCGCGGAUUCUGGACUCAAUCAGUUCACCAAGUCUGAUAUUGCGUUUCCUCAUCAAGUCGAACUCAAGGCAAAUCUAGAUGAGGUGAAGGCUAAUCUUAGGGGUCUCAAGAAUAAACCCGGUACUACAAGACCAGCAGAUAUCACAAAUUAUAUUCGAAAAAAAGCUGGUUAUACAAAUCACGUUGUGAUGACGUACGCUCUAACCCAGAAAAGGUUCUUCAUUGUAGCCAAUCUGGUUGAGUGUACGGCUAUCGAAGAACUUGUGGAUAAACUGAAACGGAGGAAAACAAUUACGAGGGAGCAGGUGCUCCAAGAAAUGAAAAGCAAAGCCGAAGAUGCAGAUAUCGUUGCUACGUCGACCGUGAUGUCGCUAAAGUGUCCGCUCUCGACUCGACGAAUAGAGGUGCCAUGUCGCUCUGUGUUAUGCACGCAUAAUCAGUGCUUUGACGCAUCGUCGUUUCUCCAACUGCAAGAACAAGCACCAACAUGGUCUUGUCCGGUUUGCGCAAAGGCAACGAGCUAUGAGUCCCUAAAUGUUGACCAAUACGUGGACGAUAUACUCCGCUCAACGCCGCUCGACGUUGAGCAGGUAAUUAUAGAACCUAACGGGCAAUGGUCAACCCCCAAGGAUGAGGCGGUAGCGACUGGACCAGGCACCUUUACACCUGCAACCGACGACGACGAAUUGGUUGAGAUUAGAGAACCUGGAGUUACACCUGUAAAACAAGAGAACCUAUCUUCGCUGGAUUUGUGGCGGCAGACACCAGCUACCUCGCGAGAGCAGUCCUCAGCGUGGUCGAGCAGCAAACGACCAGCGCCUGUCAUUGACCUUACGGGUAGUGACGACGAUGACGACUCCCCAAUAAGGCCACCGAAAAGACAGGCAGUUCAUUUGCAUCGGCCAUUGCCCAAACAGGAUCCCCGCAGCUCAUACACGGGCGGGUAUCCUCUUCCGACCUUUGGCUCAGAAUAAUCCUUAAGACGGCCGUCCCAUGCACGAUUUAUCUAGCGGUGCAUCUUUCCCGGCGUUAUGGCGUGUGGUUUUUCUUGGGCGGGGGGAAUAGGAGUGCAUUUGCAUUAUAGGCCAUUUUGGCGUUCAACAGGAAACAGGUUAAACAUUUUAGCAGAAGACUGUGCCACUGACCCCGUGGACGUACAAUUCACUGUGCCCUGCAUAAGAUAAGAGUAAUAUAAAUUAACUCAAAAGGA